AUGGACCAGUACGAGUGUUCCGUCUGCUCCGAGAACUGCUGCUACAGCCCCGACAGAAAGCUGUACAGCUCCGACGUCUGCGCCCACAGAAUCUGCGAAAAUUGCCUCCAGCAGCAGUUUCCCGGCGGCCCGGGGGCGGUUUUGCCCACGGCGAAGGGGAACUGCCCAGUGUGUCAGCGGGCUCUCACGCGGGCCAACUACGUGCUCACGGAGCCGGAUCUGGACCUUUUCGCGGUGGAAAAGGAGGUUAGAAAGCGCGUCAACGACGCGCUGAACGCACUCCGCGACAACUUCGAGAACACUCCGGCUUACAAUGACUACUUGGAGGAAAAGGAAGAAGCCAUUUACGAACUGGUGUAUGGGACGGAUGAGCAGCUGAAGCGGCGGCUGGAGAACCGGCUGCGGGAGUUGGAGGGCCACGGGCGGGCGCAGCCGCAGCACGUGCAGCAGAAGCAGCAGCAGCAGCAGCAGCAGAACUCCGAAGCAAGAGCAGCACUGCGGGUUCGGAAGAUCAAAGAGAUUGUCAAGAAGGAAGGAAACUUCUACGAAAUCGUCAAGUCCAAGCCGCUGGGCAGAAGCCUCAAGCCCAGCGACGAGUCCUACGUCCACGUGCGUCCCAGCAGCAGCAGCAGCAGCAGCAGCAGCAGCAGCAGCAGCAAGAGUAGCAGCAGCAGCAGCAACAGCAGCAGCUGCAGCAGCAACAGCAGCAGCUGCAGCAGCAACAGCAGCAGCACAAAGCAGCUGCAGCACCGCAGAACAGCGGAACCGCCUUUGCUGCAGCAGCAACAAGGACUGGCGUGUCUAUUUGUUUACUAUUUCUCUUAUCAUUUAUUUAUUUAUUUAUUUAUUUUUAUUUUUAUUUAUUUUAUUUAUUUAUUUGUUUAUUUAUUUUUAUUUAUUUUCAUUUAUUUAUUUAUUUUAGAUUUAUUGGCCCAGCUUCGCUUCCACAAACAGAAAUCCACAUUUUCUCGAGUCGAGAGACUGCAGCAGCAGCAGCAGCAGCAGCAGCAGCGGUACCUUCUGCUGCUGCUGCUGCAGCUGCUGCUGCAGCUGCUGCUGCAGCAGCAGCAGCUGCAGCAGCAGCAGGUGCUGCUGCGUGAACUCAGUUGCAGCUAA